AUGGCCUGGCCAGCGGCGCUGGCGCGGCUUCGUGAGCUUCGAAGUGAGGAUGUGCAAGGGAGCAUCUUUUCCUACGGCGCGGCGAUUACGAGCUGCCGGAGCUCCUGGCGAUGGGCCGCCGAGUUGCUGCGUUCGCUGGAGCUGCGCCGCGUCCGGCCCUCGGUGGUGGCGGUGAAUAGCGCCUGCAGCGCCUGCGUCCCAAGCGCCUGGCCCGUGGCCUGGGACCUGCUAGGACAGCUACGGCGCAGACAAAUGGCCCCCAGCGCGCAGUCGGUGGCGCCGAGCUUGCGCUGGCCCAGCGCGGCAGCGCUUUUGAAGGAGCUGCGAUCUUGGGCACUGCGAGGCACCUCCAUCCUCUACAACUCUGCCUCUGCGCGGUGGCGGUCUGCGCUGGAGCUCUUGGAGACAAUGCAGCAGCAGGCAGUUCCUCCCACCAGCGUGACAUACAACGCUUGCAUGGCCAUGGACAACAAGGGCUGGGCGCGCGCCUUUCAGCAUUUCAAGUCCAUGAAACUCACUGCACUCCAGCACACCGUGGUCUCUUACAGCACGGCCAUUGGUUUGUGUGCCAGUCGCUCAUGGCGCCUUGCGAGCAGCGUGCUGAAAGAUCUGACGCACACGGCCUUGCAGCCCAAUGUGGUCACCUACACCUCGGCGGUCGAUGCAUGUGAAGCGAACUGGCGGCGGGCCACCGAGAUUUGCCGAGAUGCCAGGCGUCAGCUGGUGAAGCUGAACCUUUUCACCUACAACGCCCUCAUCUCCUGCGGCUUUCCUCAGUGGCAGUGGGCGAGCUCCUGGCUGAGUCAGCUGCUGGACAGGACUGUACGUCCGGACGUGGUCUCCCGCAAUGCUGCCAUCAGCGCCUGUGGCGGGGGUGCUUGGCAAAACGCCUUGAGCAUCUUGGGAGAUGCCGACAUCAUCGGCUUCAAUGCUGCCAUCAGCGCCUGUGAAAAGAACCAACGCUGGAGGGAGGCGGUGGCUCUUCUCGCAGAGGCUCUUGAGUUGCGCCUCCGAUGCAGCGUCGUCACCUUCAACGCGGCCAUCAGCGCCUGCGAGAAGACGUGCCAGCGCCAAGCCGCGCUGCGGCUGCUGCGCCAGCUGAAGCGCAGCGGCCUCGAAUUGGAACUCACCUCCUACAACGCCGCCAUCAGCGCCUGCGAAAACUCCUGGCCUGAGGCACUAUCUCUUCUUGCAGAACUUCAUAUUGUAACCCUGCAGGCCGACGUGGUCUCCCUCACCGCGGCCUGCCGCGCUGGUCUCGGCUGGCGCAGAAGCGCAGCGCUGACGCAAGCGGGCAAUGCCGCGACCUUCGCCGCGGCGGCGCCGCGCUCGGUGGCUUCCUGUGAAGGCUGCUUCCAGUGGCUGACUGCCCAGUUGCUGCUUUCGAACUUCCGGCGAUUCGCCUGGCAGUGGUGGUUGCCCGAGAGCGCCAAAAAGGGCAGCUGGGUUUGGCCUUUGCAGCGCCUGGCGAAGGAAUUGCAGCGCGUGAAGGUGCUGCUCACUUCGCUCAGCGCCAGUGCCAGCACGGAGCUGCUGGAGGCCCUGUGCCAGAAGCCGGGGCAGUACAUGGAGCUGGUAUCGCAUCUGGAGACCCAACAGCUGGCAGUGAAGCUGCGCUACAUCCCAGAUCUCCGGAUGCCGGUGGUGGACAGCCUCGCACCUGCUUGGGCUUUCCGGCUGCUGAUCGCCCACGCUGAGGUCAUGCCAGUGCUUCCGCCAGAUGCUGCUGUGGUGCUGUCGUACAACCUCCAGUGCAGAGAGGGUGUGGAGGAGGCCGCUCGCAGCUGCGACGUCGCGGAGUUUCUGCGAGCUCCGCGGCUGGCUCGAGAGAGGUGGCGGCGGCGCAUCCUGCGGCAGCUUUUCUCGUACAAGGCGGACAUCCUUUGUCUUCAGCACGUCCAGGCUGAUCCGAGCUUGCCGUGCUCCAGCAUUCAGCCUGCGACAGAAGGCCCGAAAGGCAGCCUGGAGCUCCAGAGGCUGCCGCCGGGAUCUUUGCUCAGCGCACUCACCGCCAGACUCACUGAGGAGGACUUUGACUGGUGUGUGGCUCCUGCGGCGACGCCCGGAUGGUGCAAUGCGAUCGCUUGGAAGCGCUCGCGGUGGUGCCUUCGCUCCUGGGGAUGCGUGGGCGGUUGCAUCACCAGCGCCUUCUCCCCGAUCAUGGACGAUGCUCCAAACUCGCUGUUGACCGUGGCCAACAUCGGCGCAGAAAGUGGCAAGGACUUUGCAGAAAGCCUCAGCGCAUUGAAGGCAUGUCCAAUGGUGCUGUGUGGGGCAACAGGCGCUGACAUCUCCUCACCCAGCUGGGGCUUGGGUGGGAAGCUGCGCAGCGCUCACAAGGAGAUCUUGGGCUCCGAGCUGCCGUGGACGGAGGUGAAUGAGCACGAGCUCAGGUGCUCUGAUGGCAUGUGGAUCGCCAAGGAUGUGGCGGCGUUGGCAGUGCUGGAUGGCCACAGCAAGCCGCCGUGGGAUGCGGAGGGCCGCAUUCGGCGCUGCACCUGGCCGACCGACCACCUUCUGACCUUGGCAGUACUGCAGCGACGGCAGGAAGACUUAUUUGAACUGGCCAACUUGUGCAUGCAGUAG